AUGCGUUACGAAACGAAUCAGCGCCCUCUUAUCAUUCUCAUCGCAGGAGGGCAUGCAGCCGGGAAAUGUCUUGCAAGCAGGCUUUUGAGGGAAGAGAUAGAAAAUAGAUGUCAGCAGAUCAAAAUCGCAGAAGUUGACAUGAAAGAGUUCCAAGAGGAGACCUUUGAGAUAGGCCCGUCUCGUUUUAAUUUUGAAUUGGUCAAGUCAAAGGUCGAAAACCAUAUCAGUGAUGGUUUUGACGUUAUUCUCAUUUAUGGGCUUUAUGCACUUUAUGACAAGGAGCUUUUGAAUAUGGGAUCGGUCAAAAUUUUUAUUGACUGUGAUGCUGAUAUUAGGUUGGGCAGAUGGAUCAAAAGAGAUCUCUUAUCUUCUAAAUUGUCUGAAUCUAUCUCAAAGGCUGAUAAGAGUAUGUUACUUAGGAAUUUAUUAAUGCGCUACUUGAGCGAGUCUCGAAUAGAAAUGAGUGAAUUCAUUUCUCGCACAAAGGAGCUCGCUGAUGUCGUUCUUCCAAGGGGGGCGGAACCCACCGGUAUCUCAUUGAUUGUCGAUGGAAUACAACAUCUAAUAAAGAAUGAGAGCGAAAAGAGCAUUGAUCAUACUAUUAGAUUCCACACUUCAGAUCCGGUAAAAAAGGUUAUAUCAUCCAGGAAAAAAGACAUUACACUCGAGGUCCUUAGCAAUGAUAAUUUUGAAAGCAGAAACAAGAGAUUCUACGAUUUGAACUAA